UUUCUGAGAAGUACAUCUGGGUUAUGUGAAGGCAGGUUGACUGCAACACCUCUCUCUUUUUCUCACACACUUACUCACCAGAGAACUGUUAUCUUUUAGAUCUUUGGACUUCAUGGGGUGGAUUUCAGCACUUGGAUGUAUUGCCAUGUUGCUUAUGUUCUCUGUAACUUUGAACAAAGGAUGUGGGAGGAGACCAAGCAACCUCUACACACGCUCACUGUUUUUCAACAUGUUCCUCCAAAAGGAUCCAAAUGUGUCGCUCCUUCAAGUCCUCAGUGUUUUAGAAGAAACAACGAGUCGCCCGAUUACGAGUGUGAAUGGCGCAUGAACACAACACGCAGUGACGUGACGUUUGACCUCCACCUUGGCAAACAAACAUUUAAGUUCAAAGCAGAGACCCAUGCUGAGUUCCGUGAGGAGCAGCUCAUCAAAUAUAGACCUGUUGACAUUUGGGUGGAGGCCCGUGUAGAAGACUCCACGUGCUCGUCAAACAGGACAUCUGUUGUACUCAACGAAACAGUUAAAUUCAAAGCACCACAAGACAUUUUAGUUUCCUGGAUACAAAACCACCUGAAACUGACCUGGAUGGCAGCAGAGAAACACCCUGCCUUGGUAGAGGUCUGGUUUCGAAAAGCUGACACUCUGUCAUGGGAAAAGAGACAAGACCUGACAGAGCUCAUGCCCAGUAAGAAUUUGAUGUCAGACAUGUUAGUUAUUAAGCAUCUCCAAAAGCAUACAGCCUACCAGGUUCGGCUCAGACAACAGACAAAAGCGGCUCUCAACCCACUGUGGAGCGACUGGUCUCCAACUGUGAUUGCUCCUGCAGAGCUUGAACAUAAACUGGAUGUCAACAUGACGCUGGAAGCAUUAGAAGGCGUCCGCAAGGUCACGCUCGUGUGGAAGCCGGUGCAACCUUCAGCAGCAGUCUCAGGAGUCGCUUACUUCCUGAACGACACUCAGUCUUCCAGAAGAUGUCCUUGUAAGAAGAAACAACAUCGCAUGGAGGAGACGGAAUACACAUACUACGUGUCCUACUCUCCCGUCAGCUUCUCUGUUGUUGCCAGGAAUGCAGCAGGCUAUUCUCCCCAAGCCGCCAUACAAGUACCGGCCGAAGUGGCUCACGAUUUACAACCUUGUAAUAAAACAAUGGACAAGAAAGUCAAAAAGUCCACCUGCCGUGAGUGGUACGAGCUUCAAGGCGAAGAUUUGAGGCCGGAAAGUGUCCCAAGUUUCACAGAGACCACUAGAAAGAAGGUCAAUAGAAACAGCAUUAAGGACUAUGUGGGUUACCUUUACUUUGAACACCUGUGUGUCCAAAACACACCAAAAACAGUCAACAUGUGUCUCUAUUAUCGAAACGAAAACGCCCUAACGCAAUCUCUCCUCCUCGGCCUUUUAGUUCCAAAAAAAGCUCCCCAGGAGUUAGUUGCUAGUAAUCAAACACGCAAUUCUGUGACGGUGUCUUGGAAUGCCAUUCCUGUGGUGGAGCGGAGAGGUUUCCUCAUUCACUACAACUUGUGCAGUGUAAUCAUCCAUUCUCAGGACAAGGAGAAACAAUGUCACCUCAUACCGGCUUCUUUGCUAAAAUUCCAACUGGAAAACCUGAGGCCAAAUGCCACGUACAACAUCAGUGUAGCUGGGGUGACAGCAGCAGGAGAAGGUCCAAAGGCCACGAUUACUAUCAGCACACUGCUGUUGAGUUUCAUGAAUGGCGGUUUGAAACUUGGCUUGGUGUUUGCGACCAUAUUCAUCCUGCUGCUAAUAGUGUGCAUGUGUAUCUGCAAAAGAUCAUCUUCAAGCCGCUUUCUGACAGUCGCUUCUGGAUGCGCUGUUUUGUGGGCGGUCUUAUUUACGUGGCUCAUCUUCGGCAAUGUCAUCUUUGUUGCAGCGGUGUAGCGUGCAAGGACGGGAGUGGAAGAAGUGUCAAAAGAUGGAGCUAACUGUUUUAAUGACAUUCAGACUUUACUUCAAUCAAAUAACGGAGCAGCAUGUUUUAAACGCACCCCUUUCAGUCAGUCUGAACUUGUGUCCCGAAACAAGAUUUUUUUGUGGUCCCGUUUCAGUCUUUAAAAUGAUUAGGAUUUGAUGGUAUGUGUUACAAAUCCAAUUGAACCCUCGAAGGCUGCAAACAUUACUAGAGGUACACACUAUUGUUAUAUCAUGAUAAAGCAUGUCGAUGACACAGGCUUUGAUGGAUUGAUUGAUUGAAACUUUUAUUAGUAGAUUGCACAGUACAGUACAUAUUCCGUACAAUUGACCACUAAAUGGUAACACCCGAAUAAGUUUUUCAACUUGUUUAAGUCAGGGUCGACGUAAAUCAAUUCAUGGUAAAGGCGAGCCAUGUUCUGCAAAUUUGACAGCAACAAGCGAACGAUCGUGUCCUCAACGCACUGUAGAAUUCUCGCGAACGUCCCUCCACAGUGCAAAGCCACUCCAAAGUCACAAAUUGUUUCUUUGUAUCAUCAUCACUGCAGGACGAGGAAUAUAACUAAACAGACCGUAGGGCAGUUUUGCUGACUGCAAGCUAUAGAUCUUGAAAAUAAAUAAAGGUGAUCAAUAAAAAAAAAUACAAACAAUACAAAUACAAAUUUGACAAAAGCGUCCUCGUUACAUUGUAUCUUCCUCGCUAGCGAGAUAGAGGCUAAUGUCCCUCCACAGUGUGGAGCUUUACAUCUUUUUACCCAUAUUUUUUGUUUAAACACCGAAUGUACUU